AUGAAUUUUAACCAUCAAGAGGAAGCUUUUAUUAAAUUUUAUGAAUUAAGGAAAAAUAACGAUCCUGAAGCGUUUGCUACGAUUUUAAAUGAGCACAAUAAGAAUAUAAGCAUGAAGUACAAUGUUAACCAAUUGGAGCUUGUGAAAUAUGCAGAAUCAGUUAUUUCGAGUAUUGAAACAUCCUUGGAUGAUUGUGAAAAGCUUAUGAAUGCUAUCGUAAGUAUAAGUGAGUAUUAUAUAGCAACCAACAAUUAUACGGUUGCUAAAUACCAAGAAUUGUUAGAAGCAUAUUAUCUUUUAUUUUUGCGUAUGGAGAGAUAUUCUAAAUCAAUAGAUCUUACGACAUCUGAUAUUACAUUUCUAUUAGAAAAAGCGAAUCUACUUGAUGAAGAUAAAAAGAAGAGAAUUGAAUCAAGACUACACGGUAUACGGAAUCGCAAGUGUAUGUUAAUAUCAAACGUUUUUUGCAUGGUUAAUAUUGACAUGAGUAAUAUUGGCAUGAAUAAUAUUGACAUCAGUAGUAUUGACAUGAGUAAUAUUGACAUGAUUAUUAGUAGCAUGAGUAGUAUUGACAUGAUUAUUAGUAGCAUGAGUAGUAUUAUUGAGUCGAGUACUGAUGAAAAAGAAGCGAUGAAAUAUGCAAUUAGAUUAUUAAUAUUGUAUACUAAUACAUUGAAAAAAUCUUUCGACAAAAAUGAUUUGGAAAAAAAUACUGAAUUGCUGUGGUUUCUGGGGAAUGCGAGGAUUGGUAUGGUGAUUUCUCGAUGUGUUUACAAUAUUUUGCUGGAUAAAAGCAUGACAAGCUUGAAAAACGAAAUUAUUAUGCUAUAUAUAGGGUUGAAUGAUUUACAUGAUAAAUGGAAGCUGAUUCAAGCCAAUAUCUCGAACGAAAGCAAUCUUAUCCAACCCAAACUUUUAAAGAAGCUAAAGGAUUAUCUAGAUAAUGAAUUAACAAACGAUGUGCAUGGAGGCAAUGCACAAAACAAACUGGAAAAGGUUGAAAAUACAGCAGCAUUCGAUGCAAAUGAUAUAGAAAGACAUGAAAAAAUUAUCAGUGAUUACAUAGAUAUCGAAAGACCUGUAGGACCGAUUUUAAAUUGCAAUGAAUAUAGUAAAGCAAUAAUGCAUAGCAAAGAAGAAAAAGCGGUACUAAAUUUUUAUGAUAUAAGAUUUAUGAUUGCAGAAUUUGAUGUUUGGCUUACUGAGAUCAUCCAUUAUGCGAAAGAUGUGGAUAAUAUAAUUGAAAACAAAGACGAUAGAGAUAAGGUUGAGUAUUUUGACAAUUUUUGUGAUUUUGUUGAUCAAUUUAAUCAAUUUAUAGGAGUUGCAUUUGAAGAUAAGUAUUCAUUCAUAAAAACAAAGAAAUUCGAUAGUGAUGAAAUGGCUUCAAUAGUAUACGAUGUACUUUAUGAACGCAUUUUACCUGAUAUGAUUAAAAUUCACCGCAGGCUUAAGAGCCUGGAUCCAGAUAUAUGCAUUAUGAUAAAUAGUGUCUAUGCAGCAGAUAAAUUGAAAACGAUUGGCCCUUGCUUAAAGUACAUAACAAACGAAUGCAAUGAUUUUGAAAAAGAAGGAAUCAAAGGUCUGAAGGUUGAAUUGCUGGAAGCUGACGACGAUUUGGCGAACAAGUGGGUAUCUGAAUGUGUAAGUAGGUACAAAGCCAAAGAUAUUGAUGCAAAAACGAUUGAUAUGGCUUUAAGAAUAAUUGAAUUGAGAACUGAGAAGAAAGAUAAGUUAAUAGAAAUGAUAUACAAAAUGAUGACGUUUUUAUAUGGCACGAGUUUGCAUAAAGUCAAGCUAUGGAUAUGCAUCAAGAUAUUGAUAGAAAGAUUAUUGAAAGAGACUGGCGAAGGGAUUGAGCUGGAAGGUCUUAUUAAGAACUAUGAAGCUAGUGGAGUAGAUAUUACUAGUAUUAUUGAUAUUAUUAAUAAUGAUGUGGAUACAAAAUGCCUGAAUGGAAUGAAAAAGAAAGUAAUUAAGGAGAUGGCGGAUGAGCCGCUGAAGUUUCUGCUUGGGAUUGCAUUGGAAGCACAAGAAGCAGAAAAGAGUAUUGAGCACAUCGAUACUAGAAUAAUGAGGCAUAUUUAUGACUGGCUGGAAUUGUAUUUGCCACAUGACACUAUUGAGAAAGCAAGGAAGGAUAAUGAGCUGAGUGUAGGCUUUAUGGUAUAUGGCAAGGAUUGGCUGGUGGAGAAUGUUGUGAUGAUGAUAAACCCUGAAAAGGAUAUUUAUGAAGAUAUUUUUGGGCUUAUAAAAAGCCGGAGCCACAAGAAACAAAUAUACUGUAAUGAAGUAGGCUUACUUGAAAGAAUAUUAGCAAGCAUUAUAAAGCAUGUGAGUGUGAAGGACGGAUACAGGAUCAAGAUAUUGGAUGUGAACCACAUUCUUAUAUUAAUGAAGAAGUGUGGAGGGCAAGAGGGGAAUAUGGACAAUAUGCAGGAGCUUCUUAUUUGGUUUGAUAAACAAAUCGAGAAACGUAUUGCUGGUGUGAAGGAUUUAGAGACAUACAUAAAAAAUACACCUGAUUUUAGGAAUGUGGAAGAGGUAUUUGAGCAUGUAAUUAAAGAUGCCAAUGCUAUAAAGGAGAUCGAGGAUGAUAGGAAGAUGAUCGAGGCUGUGAGACUGAGGAUCGAGGAUGAGAAUCUGAAGAUCAAGAUCAAGAAAGGGAAUCUGAGGGUCGAGGAUGAGAUGCUGAGGAGACUAAUGAUUGAGGAUGAGAAUCUGAGGGUCGAGGAUGAGAUGCUGAGGAGACUAAUGAUUGAGGAUGAGAAUCUGAGGGUCGAGGAUGAGAUGCUGAAGAUCGAGGAAAAGAUGAUGAGGAGACUGAAGAUCGAGGAAAAGAGGCUGAAGAUCGAGGAAAAGAGGCUGAUGAAAGAAGAAGAAACAAGAAGAAAGAUGGAACAAGAAGAAGAAACAAGAAGAAAGAAGAAUGAAGAAGAUAGACAGAAUAAAGAAGCAGCAAAUAGAAGAUCGAAAGCGAUGGAUGCUGUAGUGAUGAAUAAUAAUGGGGUAAAUGCUGCGAUUCUUGCAGUUAGGCAAGCUAUAAAGCAAGAACAUAAUAAUAGAGCUUACGUAGCUCAGAACGAUAAAAACAGCAUAAUGGUUAUGUCUCAUGCCAAUUUAGCUGAGGAGAUGAAUUAUAACAUAGAACAAGCCAAUAAAAAUAAAGCUGCACAAGUAAAUGACUUGGCAGCAAAGAAGCUAGUCAUGGAUGAAGCACUUGAAGAAUUGAAAAACAGUUGCAUAAUGUAUGCACAAAUAAUGUAUGAGGCCAGGAUGAUAGUGCAAACAGAAUAUAAUAUGAUAAAGAAUGGACUUGGACCUAGUAGUUCUGGCGAUAAGAAGGAGCCAGUAAAGAAGUAUUUAAUAGAUAAUAUUAACAAAGAUUAUAAUCUUCGUGAGCUAUUAGGCAUACUUUCAAAAAAAAGUAGUAAACGUAAAAGCAAAACUGAUACGACUACAAAAUCAGAAGGCAAUAAAAGUGAGGAUGGCAAUAAAAGUGAAGAUAUUAUUAGCAAGGAUGAGACAUAUGAUUUAAUGAAGAGCAUGAUAAGUGGGAUUAAUAAUCUUAAAAAUCUAAAUAAUGAUAUAAGUGAGCUUAAGAAAGAGAUAAAUAAAAUAGAGAAUAAGCUAAAACGAGCUGAGAAAGGUAUUAAUCAAAAUGUUAAAGAUAAUGAGAAAAAAAAGAAGCUUUUGGACAUACUAUCUUAUAUCAAAAAACUUAUACCUAUAUUAAAGGAGGAAUUAAUAAAGGCAAUGUAUAAAUCAGCAAUUAAUAAAGCUGAGUCUCUUUUAAAUGCUGAAAUUAACUCUAUCUGUAAAGCGAAUCCGAAUGUAAAAGUAACUGUAAAGAUUAAUUAUGAAAUAGCACGACAAAUAGCAUUUUCAGUGUGCAAGAUAAUGCUGGAUCUGGAAAGUAUUCCUGAGGAUGAAUACAACAAAGUGAUUAAUGAAUGCCUGGAGAUGCAUUUAGGAUUGCCGCAAAAUAAUACGACUGUAGAAGGCCAUAAUGAAGAGUUGAAGACACAAAUAGAGGCAAAGUUGAAGACACAAAUAGAGAAAGAGUUGAAAACACGAAUAGAGAAAGAGUUGAAAACACGAAUAGAGAAAGAGUUUAAAGGUAAGGACCCAAUGGUUUGGAAGAUAUUGGCGAUAUUUUUUGUGAUGGUGUUUAUUUCAUCUAGCCACAAAAAAAGUAUUGAUUUAAAGGCAAAUGAGUGUGGAAUAUCAAGCGGUGAAUGCGUAUAG